ACGCAAGCAGUAGGUAUAAAUUUAGCAGUCACAGAAAUAUGAUUUGGUGACAGCUACUUGAUACUCAUCUGUUUAUAGAGUAUCUAAUCAUCUCUGGCUCUCGAGUUCGACUCGGUGACCCCAUAAUUGUGAACUCAGCUCGACUCGUCUCAAACAACUCACCCUCUCUUAUCUCCUUCCCAUUCUGUUCUCCAUAAAUUCUCCCCACUCUCUCUCCUAUCUCAAUAUAUUUUGCCUGCCUAUACACACACAAACACACAAGCACCUUUAAGCUUGUCUAUACACAUGUUUCUGAUAUAAACAUAUAUCAUCACUCUUUUACUCUCACUUGGUUCGGUUCUGUGUCAUUUCAAGAAGGUGUAAGCAUUCCCGGCUGAAUUUGUUGAUAAAUUCAAGGAGUUAUUUGAUAAUGAAUAAGCCAAAAAUUAAGCGUUUAGUCGGUAAGUAUGAGGUCGGAAGGACUAUUGGGGAGGGUACGUUUGCAAAAGUGAAGUUUGCUAGGAAUACAGAGAAUGGGGAUCCGGUGGCUCUCAAAAUUCUAGACAAGGAAAAGGUUCUGAAACACAAAAUGGCUGAACAGAUAAAGAGGGAAGUUGCAACAAUGAAGCUGAUAAAGCAUCCGCACGUUGUUCGUCUAUUUGAGGUAAUGGGUAGCAGGACCAAGAUAUUUAUUGUUCUCGAGUUUGUCACUGGAGGCGAGCUGUUUGACAAAAUUGUAAACAAUGGACGAAUGCAAGAAGAUGAAGCUCGGAAAUAUUUUCAGCAGCUCAUUAAUACUGUAGAUUAUUGUCAUAGCAGGGGUGUCUUCCACAGAGAUUUGAAACCUGAGAAUUUGCUACUGGAUGCUUCUGGAAACCUCAAAAUUUCAGAUUUUGGAUUGAGCGCAUUAUCUCAGCAAGUCAGGGAUGAUGGCUUGCUUCAUACUACCUGUGGAACUCCAAAUUAUGUUGCUCCUGAGGUCUUGAACGAUCGAGGAUAUGAUGGGUCAACCGCAGACUUGUGGUCAUGUGGAGUGAUACUCUUUGUUUUACUUGCAGGGUACUUGCCUUUUGAUGAUUCUAAUCUUGUGAAUCUGUAUAAAAAAAUUUCUGCUGCAGAGUUCACUUGUCCUCCCUGGCUCUCCUUUGGUGCAAUGAAAUUGAUCACUAGAAUCCUGGAUCCCAAUCCUACCACUCGAAUAACAAUACCUGAAGUUCUGGAGAAUGAAUGGUUUAAGAAAGACUAUAAACCACCCGUGUUUGACGAAAAAUUAGAAACUAAUUUGGAUGAUGUCGAAGCUGUUUUUAAGGAUUCUGAGGAGUUCCAUGUGACUGAGAAAACAGAAGAAAGGCCAGCAGCCAUGAAUGCAUUUGAGUUAAUAUCCAUGUCAAAGGGGCUCAAUCUUGGAAAUCUUUUCGAUGUAGAGCAGGGAUUCAAGAGGGAGACGAUGUUUACUUCCAGAAGCCCAGCCAACGAGAUAAUCAGUAAGAUUGAAGAAGCUGCAAAACCUCUUGGUUUUGAUGUUCACAAGAAAAACUAUAAGAUGAGGCUUGAAAAUAUAAAAGCUGGGAGAAAAGGAAACCUCAAUGUUGCCACCGAGGUGUUUCAAGUGGCACCUUCUCUUCAUAUGGUCGAGGUGCGAAAAGCUAAAGGCGACACUUUGGAAUUUCAUAAGUUCUACAAGAGCCUGUCAACAAGCCUUGAUGAUGUAGUAUGGAAAACAGAAGAAGACAUGCAUCUAAAAUGAAGCAAAGUCGUGGAACUGUGAAGAGGAUGAUUUGUUGGUUUUCAGAAUCAUGUUGUGUUCUAGCAAUCUCUCUUACUGUUACUGGUUUAUAUGGCGAGAGUAGACGGGGUUGACCAUUGUCUCCUGCUUAAUUGAUGUUGUUUGUAGAUGACACAGAUAUUUUUGAAAGAAACAUUAUCUGUGUCUUUGUAGUUAAACCUUUGCAGUCUAAACAGGCUACCUAAGAUUUCUGGCCCUUUGUUUAUAAUGAGAGAGGAUGAUUUGGGAAUGUGGAUAACUUUGUUUGUGCCA